UUCAUAAUUUAAUGAAUUUUGCAUCUGGAAGAUUCCUCUUGGAACUUAAGUCAUGUGAUGAUUUGGUACAACUUGAUAAUUUUAAGAAACUUGUUAAUAAUAUGAUAGAAGAGCAUUGUAAAGUUAUUAUACAAAAGACUCAAGAAGCAUACAAAAAGGAGAUCAUUCAAAAAUGGAAAGAAAUAGCGAGAAAUAGUUCAUUAUUCUCUUCAAAUUCUUUUGACAUUUUUGAAGACAAAUUUAUUCAAAAAAACCUACUUGAUUCUUUCUAUUGUAUGACAAUCGACCUUUUUCAUACUCUGAUCUAUGAUAUAUCUGAAAUUAAUAAUUCAGUUAAAGAUUUAUUUGAAAAUUUUAAUCUCCAGAAUAUUAAUGAGCUGCAAAACCCUGAUAUUUCUAUCAAAUAUUUUUCAGCACUAAACUUAAAGUUAUCAGAAGGUGUUUAUGGCGAACGAGUUAAAGGAUCUAUUAUUGAAAUCUUAAAAUUGUGGAUAAUCACUUGGAAAAAGGACGAAGAAAUUGACGAAAAAGACUAUGUUUAUACAUUUAUCAUCUCGCCUUUAGAGAAACUUCUUGGAAUAAAUUUAUUACGCUAUAUUACACUACAUGGACCGGAACAUCCAACAUAUUGCUCAUAUGAAUGCAAAAGUUUCUUUUUUAAUUUUGAUGAUUUGGAAGUUUCUAGUUGUCAAGUUUUCGAUCAGUUAGUUAAUAAUGAGGAUUUUAUCAAUCCAGAAAUUUAUUCUAAAGGAAUUAUGUCAAAAAAGAAAUAUCGUAAAAAAGUUGAUAUUGCUAUUUCUUAUCGUGUAGAAAAUGUGAUAAAUAAUAGA